CUAAGAUCUACACACACUACAAAUACUAAACACGUUUUAAGCCGAAUUAACAAACCAAUUGGUGUUUCAUUUCGACCGGCGAUAUGGCAGAACCAGAACCCAGGGAGUUUGGACUCCUCCGCUGUUGCAAGUACCACUGGAAGGGAAAACUCACCGCAGUUAUACCCAUAUUGACGCUGCCGCUCUUGGCUUAUGGUUUAAAGAACGACAGGGCUGAGUUCAAGUGUCUGUAUCUUAUAGCCACCAUGGCCCUUCUGUGGAUAACCGAAGCUUUGCCUAUUUACAUAACUGCAUUGAUUCCCAUUGUGUUUUGCCCAAUGUUUUCUAUUGUGCCUUCCGAUGAAUUGUGUAAACUGUACUUUUCCGACACCAUUGUCAUGUUCAUGGGUGGACUUAUGGUUGCCUUGGCCAUUGAGUAUUGCAAUCUUCACACAAGGAUUGCACUGAGAGUUAUCCGGAUAAUUGGUGGAAGUCCAAGGCGCUUAUAUGUGGGAUUGGUGGGUGUGAGCGUUUUCAUGGGACUGUGGAUAUCGAACUCAGCUGGCACGGCAAUGAUGUGUCCCAUAGUCAAGGCGGUGGUCAAUGAACUUGAAGCCAACAACAUAUUUCCCGUGUAUAUGACCCAAGAGGAAGAGCCAGUGGAGGAGGGCGAACCACCCCAUCCGUCCAAGAUAACGAUGGCCAUGUACAUUGGCGUGGCCUACUCCGCAACAAUUGGAGGGCUGGGAACCUUGAUAGGCACUGGAACGAACCUGGUCUUUAAGGGAAUUUACGAUCAGAGAUUUCCCACUUCAGUGGAGGAGGUUUCAUUUACCAACUUCAUGUUCUACACGAUCCCCCUGAUGGUAAUCGGUUACAUAGCGCUCGUCAUUAUAGCUGUGCUGAUCAGCCACAUGGGUUUGUUUCGGCCGAAAAGCAAAGUGGGCAAAUUGAUCGCGGAAGCCAACCAGAACCGAAAAUUGUUGGAAGACGUUUUGCGACAGCAUUAUAUUGAGUUAGGUCCAAUGUCCUGCCACGAGAUCCAAGUUUCCAUUCUGUUCGGUCUAAUGAUUGCUAUCCUCAUUACCCGCAAACCAGGAUUUUUUCCAGGUUGGGCCGACUUUUUGAACGCGCAGCCCGUAGGAAGCUCUUGUGGACUGUUUGUUAUUGUUCUACUCGCCUUUGCAUUGCCCACGCAAUAUGUCUUCUUUAAAUACUGUUGUGGCAAUCCUCCCUUUUCCGGCCAAGCAAUAGAUGCGCUUCUUUCUUGGCGAUAUGUUCAUAAUAACGUAUCCUGGGGUCUCUUGUUUCUGUUGGGGGGUGGAUUCGCCUUAGCGGAAGCCAGCAAAAGAACUGGUGUUACCAUAAUGGUUGCCAGGGCCAUGCAAGUCCUAGUAGGAAUGCCACACAUUUCAGUACAGAUGAUUACGGUCGCAAUGACAAUGUUCUUCUCCACUUUUAACUCUAACGUUGUCGUGGCCAACAUUGUUAUACCGAUUUUAUGCGAAAUGGCCCUUGUCCUGGAAAUGCAUCCCUUGAUUUUGACUUUGCCAGCAUGUUUAGCCUGUAGCUUGUGCUUUUUUCUACCAGUUAGCACACCACCAAAUGCAAUUGUUUGCAAUUACGCCCACAUCAAGACGAAAUACUUUGCCUGCAUCGGUAUAAUGCCCACCAUUAUUGGAUACUUUAUGAUAAUCAUAAACACGAAUACGUGGGGAAUGGUAAUCUAUCCGGAAACCAGUUCCUUUCCGGAUUGGGCUAAGCAAAUUAAGAACGAGAGCAAUAUCUGAUCGCGAAUCGAUUCCUUUGUUUAACUUUGGUUCACGGAAUUUCUUGAAUACUUUUUUAGAGAAGCCUUUGCUACUUAUGUGAAAUUAAACAAAAAUACAUUUGGAUUCAAAUUUGAAA